AUGACCCCCAUCAACCCCACAGCCCUCCUGCCCCACGCCCGGCCCGUGCGCAUUGUCAACAAGGAGGAGGCGCAGAGCCCGCUGGAGGUGAUGGAGGGGGACAGUGUGACACUGGUAGCCCGGCUGUCCCCGGAGACGGCAGCAGUGCAGUGGCAGAAGGAUGGACAGAUGCUCUGCUCGGGCGGGCGGCUGCUGGUGUGCAGUGAGGGGCCCACGCGCAGCCUCACUAUCAAGCAAGCAGAGUUGGGUGAUGGCGGCAUCUUCCUCUGCGAUGCUGGUGACGACGAGGUGCAUUUCACUCUGCACGUGAAAGAGGCACCCGUGCUGUUCGUGAACAAACGGGAGGAGCAGGAGAAGCUGCUGGCAGCAGUGGCCGGCGAGCGGUGCGAACUACGGCGGGAAGGCCGCGUGCACAGCCUCGUCCUCCUCAAUGUGGCCAAGGAGGAUGCCGGCAUCUACACCUGCCUCUCCCCGAACGACCAGAUGCAGUUCGACGUGAGCGUCCGAGAGCUGCGGGUGAAGUUCCUGCGUGGGCUGUCGGACGUGCGCGCGCGGCAGGGCGAGCGGGCGGUACUGUGGUGCGAACUCUGCAAGGCGCGGGGGGACGUGGUGUGGAGGAAGGACGGGCGAGUGCUGGCGCCCAGUCCCCGCCGGCAGAUGAUGGCGGGGGGGCGAGAGCGCUCGCUGGUGCUGAGCCGUGUGGAGCCUGAGGACGCCGGCGAGUACUGCUGCGAGUCCAACGAUGACCAGACGCUGGCGACACUGACGGUGCAGGUCCCCAGGGUGGUGGAGAUCAUCACAGAGUUGCAGAGCCUGACGGUGCUGGAGGGGGAAGACGCCACCUUCAAGUGCCUGGUGUCCCCCAAGGAUGUAGUUGUGACCUGGCAGCUGAACGGUCAGCUUGUGGUCCCUGGUGAGCGGCUGCUGGUGACAAGGAGUGGGUUGUGCCACAGCCUUACCGUCCAGCAGUGCCAACUGGGUGAUGCGGGCACCGUGACGGCCAACGCCGAGGGGCUGGUGAGCACGGCCCGGCUGAGCGUGCAAGAGGCACAGGUGCUGUUUGUGCGGAAGCUGCAGCACGUGGUGGCAGAGGAGCAGGGGGACGUGUGCCUGGAGGUGGAGGUGAGCCAUGAGGCCGCCGAGGUGCAGUGGCUGAAGCCGGGCGUCCUCCUCCAGACAGCCCGGAAGGUGUCGAUCCAGAUGCCGCUGGCAGAUGUGGAGACCUUUGAGAAGGAGACGGCCACCUUCCACCUGGAGCUGUCUCACCCCAGCGUACCCGGGGUCUGGACACGGGAUGGCAUCCGGGUGAAGCCCACCAGCACAUGCCGGAUCAGUGCCACAGGCUGCGGGCACAGCCUGACGCUGGAGGGGCUGACGCUGGAGGACUCGGGCACUGUCACCUUCACCACUGACACCCUGCGCUGCAGCGCCCGCUUGCUUGUGCGGGAGCCUCCAGUCACUAUGGUGAGGGUCCCGCGGGACCUUGGGGUCCCAGAGACGGGGGUCGCCAGCUUUGAGUGUGAGCUGUCUCGCCCCAGCGCAGAGGUGAAGUGGUUCAAGCGUGUCCUGCAGCUGAGCCGCUGCGAGCUGGCUGACGCCGGCACCUACACCUGCGACGCGGGCGACUGCCGGGCCUCUGCCACGCUGCACGUCCAGGAGCGCCAGGUCCACAUCGUGCAGGACCUGCAGGAUGCCCAGGUGCGGGAGGGUGACAACGCUAUCUUUACCUGCGAGGCGUCGCACGGGGACGUGAAGGGCGAAUGGUUCCGGGAUGGGGAGAAAAUCAAGGUCACCAGCACCGUGAAGAUACGGCAAGAAGGGACCCGGCAUUUCCUGCUGCUCUGCGGCGUGCGCCCCGAGGACGAGGGACUCAUCCGCUUCGUGGCCAGGACGGCCGUCUCGGAGGCCAGCCUGCGGGCGACGCUGGAGUGCACCGUGUCCCACGCCCGGGGCCGGGUGCGCUGGCUCCGCGGUGACACAGAGAUCUUUGCCGGUGACAAGUACGAGAUCUGCAAUCUGGACUGCUACCGCACGCUCAUCAUCCACCGCGUAGGCCCCGAGGACGAGGACUCGUACACCUGCGACGCCUUCGAUGACCGCUCCACCGCCCGGCUGCUCGUGGAGG